GGGUUCCCGUGGCAUUUUUCUUUGGCCACGCGGAAAAGGACCCAGCUCACAUCGACAAGGCCCUCAAAUAUUUGGAGGAUCCCAAGAGAAAGGCCAAGCCAGCCCCAAAUGCCUAUUUCCACGACAUGAAGUUUUUCUCGAGUUUCGAGGAGCUUCGCAAG